AUGGGUUCGCAGCACAAGGCAGUGACACAGAAGGCCCUGACAGGACGACGCCGAAGUUUGCUGAUUGGAUGCAACUACCUGAACACACAAAAUGAACUUCAUGGAUGUGCCAACGAUGUGCGUCGCAUGAUGCCAGUGCUGGAAAAGCUAGGAUUCGCGUCUGAUGGGGUCAGCCAGAAGGUGUUGCUGGAUGAACAGGGUUGGGAUGGCCCCAAGCCAACGAAAGCCAACAUGCUGGAAGCCUUAGAGUGGCUGGUGGCUGAUGCUCAAGCAGGAGAUGCUUUGCUGCUGCAUUACUCUGGCCAUGGGGGCAGGGAACCUGCUGAAGGCGGUGGCUACCAUGAGACAUUGGUGCCCUUGGACUUUGAAACAGCGGGCAUGUUGCCAGACACUGAGCUCUUCGAGAAAGUGGUGAAACGGUUGCCCCAUGGCUGUCGCCUGACCUGCAUUCUGGAUAGCUGCCACAGCGCUGGAGCCUUGGAUUUGCCCUACAUCUUCGUUGGGACUGAAGAUCAGCUCCAAAAAGCCAUGGCAGGAGAAGCCGUGAGGAUGGCCAUGGAGGUGAGAUGGAAGUCCGACUUCGAAAAAUGGGCGGCAGGUUCUUCCAAGGAACUCUUCAGUGACGUAGGAUCUUUGGGCAAAAAUGUGUGGCAGAUGUACCAAGAUGGCUCUGCCACCGGCUUCGUCACCGACGCGGCCCAGAACGAAGGCCUGGCCAUGGGUGAGGUUGUGGCCAUCUCCGGCUGCCGCUCCGAUCAGACCAGCGCCGACGUGGCGGAUGUGAGCUCCUUUGGUCUGGCGGCAACCACCGGCUCUGCCGGUGGAGCCUUGACAUCUGCCCUGGUGGAAGCCUUGCAACGAGGCCAGGAGGUGACCUAUGCGGAGUUGUUGGAGCAAAUGAGACAGGAACUGGCCAAGAAAGGAUUUGCCCAAGUACCGCAAUUUGUAUCUUCUUUGUUGGUGGAGUUGAAGCAGCCAUUUCGACUGGACGGCAUUUGGGUGGAGGAAGGUGAACAGUGA